UGGGCGCAGGAGGCGUGGAGGGGAGCGCGGCUGGAGCGCGGAGCGGCGCGGAGGGGAGCGUGCCAUGCGCGGCGCGGCUGCCGGCGGCUCGCUCGCUGGCUCAGCAUGCGGGGGCUCUGCCGCCGCCUCUGCCUCUGCCUGCUGGCCGCCGCGCUGGGGGGGCUCUGCGGGGGCAGCAGGAACUGCCCCGAUCUCAUCGUGGACCGCUGCCUCUGCGCCGCCGAGAGAGCCAAGGGGCCCGGCCGCCCGGCGCUCCGCAUCAAAGUGGUCUGCAGCGGAGGCGACUUGGUGGAAACUUUGCAGCCCGCCGUGCUGCCCAACCGCACCGUGUCCCUGAUUCUGAGUAACAACAAGAUCCUAUGGUUGAAGAAUGGCUCUUUCUUUGGGCUGAGAUCCCUGGAGAGACUGGAUCUGAAGAAUAAUUUGAUUAGCACAAUUGAGCCAGGGGCCUUCAACGGACUUUCAGAGCUGAAGCGCCUGGAUCUCUCAAAUAACAGAAUUGGUUGCCUAACACCAGAAAUGUUUGUUGGUCUUAACAGUCUUCAUAAAUUGAAUUUGUCAGGUAAUAUUUUUUCAAGCCUCAUGAAUGGACUUUUUUCUGAGCUGCUAGCUCUGAAAGCACUGCACUUCAACACUGAUUCACUCAUUUGUGACUGUAAUCUAAAAUGGGUCUUACAAUGGGCCAGAAAUGCUUCAGUCCGAAUUGCAGAGGAAACAGUUUGUGCUUACCCUAGUGCUUUACAAGGACUGUCAUUUCGUAACCUGAAGGAAAACCAGCUGAUAUGUGCUGGGCCUCUGGAACUUCCUCUUUUUGAGCUGAUCCCAUCACAAAGACAAGUUGUUUUUCAUGGAGACCGCUUGCCAUUUCAGUGUACUGCAACUUACGUUGACAAUACUACCCAAGUACAUUGGUACCAUGCUGGUCGUCUUAUUCAAACAGAUGAAGAGAGUGGCAUAUUUGUGGAAGACAGCAUCAUUCAUGACUGCUGCUUAAUUACACGUGAACUUAUCCUAUCUAGCAUUGAUAUUGAUGCAAGUGGAGAUUGGGAGUGUCUAGUCAACAAUUCCUAUGGAAAUAGCACUAAACAAGUAGAAAUUGUGGUAUUGGAAACGGCUGCACCUUACUGCCCUGCAGAAAGAGUUAUUAACAACAAGGGAGAUUUCAGAUGGCCUAAAACUUUGGCUGGGAUAACUGCUUAUCAUCCCUGUCUUCAGUAUUCAUUUAACUCCAUUGCCUUUCACAAUGGUGCAGAAGAGUCUAAGGCAUGGCGUAAAUGUAAUCGAACUGGACGCUGGGAUGAAGAAAACUAUUCUGAAUGUCCUUAUUCACAAGAAGUAACUCAAGUUCUUCAUGCUUUCAGUCAGCUGACAGCCUACACAAGAGGUGCUUCCCACUUUGCGGAUAAAAUGGAUGUAAUAUACUUGGCUUAUAUAAUGGAAAAGUUAAUUGUCUUCGUGGAUGAAGUUGAAGAUAUUGGGGAUGCUCUCAUUGAAAUUGCUAGCAAUAUAAUGUUGGUUGAUGAUCACGUGUUGUGGAUGGCUCAAAAGGAAGACAAAGCCUGCACCAGGAUUGUACAAUGUGUGGAACAUAUUGCAAAUCAAGUACUGACCAGCAACAUUCAAGUUAUAUCAAAGGUAUCUCAUAAUAUUGCUCUGGAGGCCUUUAUGAUCAAGCCAUCAAGUUUCAUAGGAAUGACUUGCACUGCUUUCCAGAAAAUAUCUGCAAAUUCUGACAAGUUGGUGCAUGAUUUGGGAAGCUGGGAAGCAGAUCCCCAUUCUGAUCAACAUUUAAAUUUUAAGUGCAACACUGGCAAUCUGAAUAGUUCCUUGGUGAAUUCUUCUACCAGGAAUGCUGUAGCAGUAGCUUCAGUUCAUUUGCCACAGUCUGUCUUCUCUCAGUCUUCAUCCUGGCAAUCUGUUGAUAACUCCACUUGCAAGCUACAGUUUAUUGUCUUUCGGAAUGGAAAACUCUUUCCCAGCACAGGAAACUCAUCAAAUCUUGCAGACGAUGGGAAACGUAGGACGGUUGCCACACCAGCUGUUUUUGCUAAAAUAGAUGGGUGCAGUUUUGGAAACCUCACCAGCCCUCUUACUAUAGGGUUGAGGCACCUUGCACGGGGUAUAGACCCCAUUGCAGCCUUCUGGGAUUUUGACCUUCUAGAUGGACAUGGAGGCUGGUGGGGAGAAGGGUGCCACAUAAUUAGUUCUGCAGGCAAUAUUACCACCAUUCAGAGUACACACUUCAAUAACUUUGCAGUGCUAAUGGAUUUUAAGACAGUGCUGUCUUUCCCCCAGUACCCAGGGGAGUUUCUGCACCCUGUGGUAUAUGCAUGUACUGCAGUUAUGUUGUUGUGCCUGUUUGCUUCCAUUAUCACCUACAUUGUCCAUCACAGUACAAUCCGAAUAAGCAGAAAAGGAUGGCACAUGCUUCUCAACUUUUGUUUUCAUACUGCUCUUACCUUUGCUGUUUUUGCUGGUGGAAUCAAUCGCAUUAAAUACCCAAUUAUAUGUCAAGCUGUUGGCAUAGUACUGCAUUAUUCUACUCUAUCUACUAUGCUAUGGAUUGGAGUAACUGCAAGGAAUAUUUAUAAGCAAGUCACAAAGAAACCUCAGUCAUGCCAAAACAGUGACCAACCUUCUUAUCCAAAGCAACCACUACUCAGAUUUUACCUGAUUAGUGGCGGAGUUCCUUUUAUUAUUUGUGGGAUUACAGCAGCAACCAAUAUCAAUAAUUAUGGGAUUGAAGGCAAUGCACCAUAUUGCUGGAUGGCAUGGGAGCCUAGUCUUGGUGCUUUUUAUGGGCCAGUAGCUUUCAUCGUGCUAGUUACCUGUGUUUACUUUCUCUGCACGUACGUUCAACUGAAGCGCCAUCCUGAACGCAAAUAUGAGUUAAAGGAAAGGACAGAAGAUCCGCAGAGAAUACCAAGUACUGAGGUGGGCCAUGGUCAUAUUACAGACUCUGUGUCUGUUCCCCAGGCAGCCUGCUCCAUGCUUUCUUCUUCCUUAUUGGAAAAUGAGCAUUCAUUUAAGGCUCAGCUUCGAGCUGCAGCAUUCACUUUGUUCCUGUUUACUGCCACUUGGACCUUUGGAGCACUUGCAGUAUCUCAAGGUCAUUUCUUGGAUAUGAUAUUUAGCUGUCUUUACGGAGCCUUCUGUGUGACCCUGGGGCUUUUCAUCCUGAUCCAUCACUGUGCAAAGCGAGAUGAUGUGUGGCAUUGUUGGUGGUCCUGUUGCCCAUCUAGAAGAAAUACCUAUUCCGUCCAAGUUAAUGUGCGCCCAAAGGUUAAUGUCAAUGGGGACACUCAAAUUCAUGCACCUUGUCUUCAGGAAUCACCAUGUCCCAGCAAGUCAGCUGUGUUUAAUCAUCCAGCUGCUAGCCACUGCAAACUCACUAACCUACAAGCAGUUCAAAAUCACGUUAACUGCCUUUCUCCUGUGACACCAUGUUGUGCAAAAAUGCACUGUGAUCAGCUACUUGAUGAUGAAGCUCAUAUUCAUGUCCAUAAUGAGGGAAGCUUCAGACCUAAUAUGCACAUUCAUAGAUGUCUGAAAAGCAGAACUAAGCCACGUUAUUUCAGCCGGCAUAGAUCUGCAGGUGAGAGAGAAUAUGCCUACCACAUUCCUUCAAGUAUUGAUGGCAGCAUCCACAGUUCACAUACAGACAGUCCCCACAGUACGCAUGAUAGCCAGUCAGGUCACAGACGGGCCUGCUGCUCAAAAAGUGAUCCAUAUCCCACUGUCAACCAGCCUGAAAGUAGUGAUGCAAGUACUGUAAUAUAUAGUUGUGCUAAAAUGCCAGAAAGUGACACUGUGCACCAUCCAGCUCAUUUUGAAAUGCACCCACGGACACAGUCAUUGCCGUUUAAUACGACGAAUCACAAUGGAAUUCUCAAGGGAAAUGUGCAUGAAGCCAUGAUAUACAGCUCAGAUAGUACAGGAAAUAUUAAAACUGGCCCUUGGAAAAAUGAAACUACUGUGUAGUUCAUGGGCCAUCAUAAUGCCUUUUUUCCACCUAAACCAUCGUUAUCUUUGCUUUCAUUCUAAACUAAAUAAGAUGACUUAUUUGUUUAGUUCAUCAGCAAAUUGUACAGCUUUUCCAUCUUUAUUUCCAUUUUCUUAAUAAGAGUCUAAAAGAAAGAGAUAGUGAGUUUUAAAAGUAAAGUUAUUUUUAAAAGUUAUAAAAUUAUUCUGAAAGAUAAUUAGAAAAUGAAGUCUAGACAACUGAAUACAAGAGGCAAUAUCCUUUUGUUACACAGCACAUUUAUUUAGAAAUACAUCACUUGCAUUCAUUAUUUUCAUUUCUGUUCUGUAGUAACUUCAGACACUUUUUAUAAGCAUAUCAGCAUCUUAAACUUUUACUUAUUUAUUUUUGUAGCAAAAUAUUAUUACUGUGCCAUGGAUUUUAAUCAGAAGUGACUAUGGUAGAAAUGAUAAACAGGAUUUUAUAAAAUUACAGCUUUUUAGAUCUACAAAAGUGAUACUGCCUCUAAAGAUCUUCUGUAGCAUAUGGCCUGUAAAGUCGUGUAAUGUACAGUCUCUGCUAUGUCCUUUUUCUUGUUGGAAAAAAGUGCUAGGUAAUGUCUCUGUUACAUCUAUGGUGCUGUAUUGGUUGUAUUUUGCAUGACAUAUGUCAGGAUAUACCAUUUGCUGUUUUAUAGUGUUACAUGUGUUUAAAAAAAAAGAAAAAAAAAGUGUUGUACAAGGCUGUGAAAAACCCUAUUGAUAUUAAUCUAGAGCAUUAUAAAUCUACAGAAAAAAAAUCACUCUGCACUAGUUUAAGUGGCACAAUCCUUUGUAUAAGGUUAUAUGAUAGCUUUGAUAAGGGUCCACUCUAAUGUCUUUACAGAGCAUGCACUACUCAUGUAUGUGACACUGUACAGUGUAAUAGCAAUCGUCUCAACAAGUUUUACACUUCUUUGUAAAGUAUGCCUUUUGAACAAAUCUGUAAGCUGUUUCACAAUAACCUUUCCACAUCUGUUAAAGCAGAGCAGUUUUAUCAUUAACUCUUUGAGGACUACAGUUAUUUUCUUAAAAAUAGCUUACUCUAGUUCAGAGACGCUGUAUAUACGAUACUGUCUAUUUAGUUACAUGAUCAGUGUAGUCCAGAGUUGUCAGGAAAGAGAAAGCUCAGUCAUUUUCCAAAAACAUACCUUCUUAGAGCCUAUUUCUUAAUUUCACUUCUUGCUUUCUGAAAAUCUAUUUCCUCUCCCAGCAAAUUUCACAUUGUCUUCAUUCUUUAAUGCAAAUUUGACCUUCAGAGAAGUUCUUUAUGUUCAUGAUUUCUGCUGAAUUGUAGGGCAUCCCAGGGUCAGUAACAUUCUCUACUAACAAGGCUUAACAAGACUUGCUAUGGCAAGAAAUUUUUUCAUGUUUCCAUGAACAUCUGGACACAAAGCGUCAACUGACAGUACAGAACUGCAUCAUAAUUAUCCUUACAUGAAAUAAAACCCCUUUUUUUUCAGACAGCAAUGGUGCAGAAUAAUAAUGGAUCGCAUCAAGCAAAUAGGAGCAUAGAGCUGAGAGAGAAAUGUCUACAAUGAAAAGUGAACAGAGCAUCCAUAAAUAAGAGAAAAAGCACAAUUCUGUAUGGCCACAUGAGAAAGUUUGCUGUCGUGUCCUAACAUGGACUUACAAAAUUGUUACUUUGCUGCAGAGAGGAAAUAGAAAAAUCCCUAGAGAAAUCAUCAGUCUGUGAUUCUCUGUGUAUAUUUUGCAGAAAUCUUCACAUACUUCAACCCAUUAUUUUUAUAUUAUUAGUACUUUAUUAGUCUCUACUUUUUUUUUUUUUUUAAUAUGUAGGAAUGCAUUUCCUAAUAGUGUACAUAAAGAUGACAAUUAUAAUUGUUAGAAUGUUAUAAAAACAUGCAAGUCAGAUGAAUGUGUUCUGCAGUGUUGCAGGUGGGAAUUAGUACUCAAAGGGUUAAUGCUCAGUAUCUGAGUGCAAGAAAUUUGUUUUUCUGUAUUUUUGUAAAUUUGAAAUAUAUAUUGUAAACUCCAGCAGUGCAAUGUAUCCAUCUCAGAUUGUGUAUUUUUAAAAGGUGAGCAAGAAGAAUGCACUAGGUGGUUGUCAAGUUUUAAGCCAAUAUACAACAGUUUCAUGGCUGCUUCUUUAGCUAAUACAAAAGAAAAAAAAAAAAGAAAGAAACACCUGAGCUUUAUUAUGUAUAUGCUGUAUAUGCUUGAACUCUCUAAACUAAAAUACAGUAUUUUUCUUUGUUUGCAUAAUGGAAUAUUUCUGUUUAAUAAUUAUUUUCUUUUCAUAUUACUUUUACUCAUUCCACAUAGACAGUGAGCCCUAAAUAAGCAUAGACAUAAUGUGAAAUACCACUUCUCUGUGUCUCAGCACUAUGUAUAUGUAUUUUCUGUACUAGCAAAAUCCUAGGAGGUCUGUAGACCAUUAUGCAAAAUGUUCCACAUACACAGACAAGUGAAAUACUCACUCUGUAAGAACCCACUCAGUGAGCUUCUUUAUUCAGCUUGUGUUUUAAUCACCGCUGUUAUUUCGUCUACAAGGCUUGUUCGAUCUUCAUAAUGGCUUACAAAGAAGUAAAUAGGUGCUGCUUUCCACAGAAUAUCUUAUGUGAUAAAACUCUCUGGAAUUUAAACAUAAAAUAUUAAAACACUUUUCUUAUGUGUUAAAAUAAUAAUUUAGUGAAUAUUUCUGGGCUAAUUUGGAAGAAACGUGUUAUGCAAUAAUCUGUUUGCAUAUUAUUUUUUCAGAAAAUAAGUAUAACUACAGAGUAGAAGAACAUGAUAUUAAAUAAAUAUAAAAAUGUUUUGUAACAUCAAAUUUGACCAAAAUGCUUUUUGUGCUUUUGACUUUUUUUUCCUUAUGAUAAAUGAAAUAAUUUCAAUGGUUUGGAAGUCUGGCUUUGUUUUAUUGUGGGUUUUUGGUCAAUUAUAGUCAAUGAACCAUUACUACUCUUUCUUUCUCUAAAAAUAAAGUCAAUGAAAUAACUGGAGUUUAAGAGAUACAUUGUCCUAGUAAAUUCCUUAUGGAUUAAAAACAUGUAACAUGAUUCAAUGUCAGUACUAGUUUUGGUGAUUCAUUGAUGAUAUAAAAAUGAUUGAACAGAUUUUUUACUGUUCACUUUCUGUCUGAGAUCAAGCAAGAGAAAUUUCAUCCAAAAAAAGAUAAUUUUUGGAGAGUGAUGCAAUCAACAGAAAUCUGAAGGGUCGUUAUUACUGUACUGCCAGGAUAAAAAUAUGCUCUGAUGCUUUAUGCAGUGUUCUUCUCUGCAUAUAGGAAUUCCAGCUCUCAUGACCAAAUUUCAGAUCAUCCAGGUGACUCCAUUUUAAGUCUGUUUACAGGAAGAAUUUUGGUGUAAAAAUAAAGCAUACAGUUUUGCACAUUAUGCUGAUCAUAUGUGUCGUUCCCAAGAAGUCUGUUGGUUGUCUGCACUAAUAGGUCUGAGCAGUCUCUGUCAGUGACCACAAAUCCAACAAAAUCCAGGAAAAAUUCGUCAGCAUACCUAAAAAGCCUAGUUAG